AUGUAUCGUCCCCUCCGCAUCUCGAUCCCCACUCUCCGGCGAUAUUCCUCACCGGCGACGAAGGUUCUCGAACCAGGCGACGUAUUUUCACAGGCGAGGACAUUCUCCGCGUCGGACAUCGCUGAGUAUUCGAAGCUGACCCGCGACUUCAACCAGAUCCACUCCGACCCGGAUCGCGCCAAAAUCGCAGGCUUCGACGGAAUCCCCGUCCCCGGCGUCCUCGUGGCGUCGCUCUUCCCGAGGAUAAUCGCCUCGAACUUCCCCGGCGCGGUCUACGCGAGGCAGACGCUGGAGUUCAGGUUGCCGGCGUACGUCGGCGAGGAGAUUCUCGGCCGGGUCACCGCCGGUGACGUCAGGCGGCUGGGUGAGAAUAAGUUCUUUGUGAAAUUCCGGACGGAUUGCUACAAGGGCGCUGGCGAUUGUAACAGCCUUGUGAUUGGCGGUGAGGCCACCGCGAUUUUGCCCUCUUUGGAGGUGGUGAAGCUCGAGGGCGGCGGCCAUGGCGGUUAG